AUGACGGAAAAGCCCACAGUCCCACUGCACCUGAGCGUCGAAGAGUCUAUUCCAUUCUUGUCAAUUCUUACAAUCAUUGGAGUGACAUCUGUUACGACUAAUUUGCUCAUCAUUGGUAUCAUUUGCAAGAACUCCCGGCACGGGAAGACCCACGACUUGUUCACCUUGCAUAGCAGCCUAGUGGAUUUAUUUACCGCAUCGAUUGUCGUGCCGUUCUGGAUUUUAUCCGCCAUCCACAGCCACAUAUAUUUCGUGGGCAAAGUCUACUGUAAAGUCAGCGCGACCGUCAGUUUCGUAGGGAUGGUAGCCCCUGUUAUCUUCCUCGCGCUAGUAGCCACCAGCAGGCACUGCUCAGUUGUGGACAGGAAAGCAUUUCCGAGAAUUUUCAGCGAUUCCAGAUCAAGGUUGAUGGUUGUGAUUGUAUGGGUUGUGUCAAUACUAAUCAGUCUACCCCCUCAUUUUGCAUGGCCGCUUCAGACCGAAGAGAUGCGCUGCCUUCCUGAUUUAAUCAGCAAUUCUUGGUACACCACGGCUGUGCUAGCGUUCUGCGUGGUGUUACCUCUUAGCGCGUCGUUCUACACGCACAUUUAUGAUAUUUUUAUCUUUCAGCCAGAGCGCAUGAAGCGGCACGAUUCCGUGAAGAAACGCUGUGAGCGUUAUGCUCUUAAAGGAUGCGAAAGGACCGCUCAAAAAGCGUUUUUUAGCAUUCUUAUCAUUCACACUUGCUGCUGGGCGCCCUACACGUGUAUGGCAUUGGUUCAAACGAUGACCGGGGGAAAAUUGUUUUACCUGGGGAAUGUCCCAGUGCAUUUUAUCGCUUUGGUGGUUGGACUGACUGGAACGACGCUGAAGGGAGUUGUGGCAUGCUUCGAGGUGCCGCAUAUAAAAGGAUUGAUCAAGAAACAAUUUGGAUGCGCCGAGCGCGAGGAACGUGAAGGAAAUGCUUCCGAGGAAGCCUAA